GCAAUACUCAAUUAUCAAAUUUUAAUUUGCCUCCUCAUUAAUAAAAAAAAUUAUCAAAUUUUAAUAGAAAUCUGAAAUUCAAAUACAAUAAAUUGAAGAACCAAUAAGGAAAAAUAAAACUAUACAAACGGCACGGGGAGCACGCGGCUGGAUCUGAUUGGUCCAGCCCUCCAAGAAUCGUACGGACGCACAAGGUGACGUGUCCUCCUCUAAAGCUGUACGGACGCGAUCCCAUUGGUUCGUCAAGCCCUUACUUACCCAUCACUCACGUUGCUGUGGUUCAGAGUUUUCGUGCAACCAAACCAUUUUUGUCUGUCCGCGCCCAGCCAAGAGGUUAAUAAAAAUUAAAAUCCCCAGAACCAAAAAAGGAAAAGGAGUGCAAAAGUAAAAAAAUUAAAAAAAAAAGGAAAGUUAAAAAAUACCCCCGGCGGGCAGGCUGUCCGGGAGUCACUGGCAACCGACAGGAAUGUUGUGUGUUUAAAAACCUCAUACGCGUCGCUCCUCCACCGCGCAACCGCAAUCCGCCGCUCCCCCGCCGCGCUGGAUCCCGACGCUUUGGACACGCGUCGGUCAGCCUCCACCGUCGAGCCCGGCACCGGCGUACGUGUCAAUUCGCAAGUGGGGCAGGCGUGAACUCAGAAACAGAGAAAAACCAGUAUUUAAAUCGACAAUUGUGUUUUUUUAUAUAAAAGGCCACCAAGAAAAGAGAGAGAGAGAGAGAGACCAAUAAUGGCGCUGGCGCUGUGGCGCAUCACAUGGUUAUGCGCCUUCUCUCAGUGGGGCGUUUUUGUUUUCUCCUUCUUCCUCUAUCUUUGCUUUUUAUGGGAGGUGCUUGUUUUUCACUUCCCUCAGAUUACCAAAAAAAGAAAGAGAUUAGGUUCUUCCUUUAAAACUCCUCUCCUUACUCUUCCUUCUUCCCCUAUCUUUGCUUUUGGCUGCUUCCAAGUUCCUCCACCCAUCCCUUCCUUUCUCUUCUAUGGUUGAAAUUUUAUUUUGUUUUGUUUUAUUAUUAUUAUUCUCUUUUUGGUAUAAUUGAUUAAUUUCUACUACUAAGGUAGGGUUAUAGCUCCCCACUUCAUCCAAACCACAGCUAAAUAGGGCACUUGGUUGAUUCAUUAUCCAGCAGAAAGAAGAAGGAACAAACAGCUCCCUAGCUAGGCUCAGGUGAUCGACGAAAAGCCUGACAGAGAGCGAGAGUAGGGGAAGGGGCUGAAACAAGAAGAAACUAAAGCUAAAAGGAAAGAGAAAUCAAGUAACAAUGGUGAGAGGGAAGACCCAGAUGAAGAGAAUAGAGAAUGCGACCAGCAGGCAAGUGACCUUCUCAAAGAGAAGGAAUGGGCUGCUGAAGAAGGCGUUUGAGCUCUCUGUUCUCUGCGAUGCUGAAGUCGCACUUAUUGUUUUCUCCCCAAGAGGCAAGCUUUAUGAGUUCUCCAGCUCUAGUAUCAGCAAAACAAUAGAGCGAUAUGAGAAGAAGCAAAAGGACAGUGGACCUGGGAGCAAGGGCUUUGAAGACUGCACACAGAAUGACGACAGCUUCAGCAUGGGAAAGAAGAUAGAGCAACUCGAAGUUUCAAAGAGAAAGUUGAUGGGAGAAUGUCUGGAGACAUGUUCCAUUGACGAGCUCAGAAAGUUAGAGUGCCAGCUUGACAGAAGUUUGAGCAGAAUCAGAGCAAGAAAGACCCAGCUGUUUUUGGACCAGAUUGAGAGGCUAAGGCAAGAGGAGAAGACCCUAAUGGAAGAAAACAGAAAGCUGCGGGAGAAGUGUGGACUGGAACCAUGGAGAUUCUCAUCGAGCAACAAGAAGCAGCAACUACUAGACAAGACAAUCGUAGCAGAAGCAGAAGCUGCAGCUGGAGAAGAAGAGGAGGAAGAAGAAGAAGAAGGGAGAGGAAGCAGUAUUGAUGAUGUGGAGACAGAGCUGUACAUAGGGCCAGCACCAGACAGAAGAGCAGCAACCAAAACUACUACAUGCCUUCCUCCUCCUACACACUACUAGAGUCAGUACUCCUCCAAAACAUCACUAUAGAAACAUAUGAUGAUCUCGAAUCAAAAAGACAUUAACAUUAUCAUCCCAUGUUGUCCUUAAUUGGGUUUUCUCCCACUUUCCCUAUGUUUCCAUUUUCCUCCCAAUAAAAAAACAUUCUGUCCCCUCAUCACUAUAGUUACACAGAGGCAAAGUUGCUAAACCAAAGCAAGUGUUUGGGCGGUGUAACUUGUAAGUGAUCAGUGCUAGGUGACUGUAUAAGACCACUGAUCACCACCAUUUGUAUCUGAGUGAGAAAGGUGUUGUUUUUAUGUAUAUCCAUGGUUGUUGGACAUAUAUAUAUCUGUAUUUCUUUAAUCACAGUUAAGCCUGUGAUAUGUCGUUGUAACAUACAUUUAUUUUUCUCAGAUAUAAGUACUUAUUGUUUGGGGUCAAAUUGCAUGUUGGGAGAAAGAGACUUGAGUAGAAGUUGAAUGAAGAGGUUCAUACUUCAUUUUGAAGUCUACUAAUAUUGCUGCCUUGUUGGUGAUACUGAUAUAGAUUCUGUUUUCAAUUAGGUGUUCCUUAACUAUGGACUUAUG